AUGGCUACCCACAGACUUCCACAGACGUCAUUAGCAUUUACCUCCUGUGUCUCAACUGACCUAAGUCAGCUCUGCUUUCAAAGCCUCACUCCCCACGAAGAGUGGUGGCCACGGCGGGCCAGCUGUAGGGGAUGCGGCCCGGGCCGAGGUAAGAAGACCUUCCAAGGCUCCACCGCCCGGCGUCCAGCCGCCCCGGUAGCAGUGAGCUCCCACUUGGAGGCGUCACAAUGGGCCGAGGCCUGCGGAGGCCGCGCGCGCAGCUCUCCGGGGCGGAGCCGCCGGGCCGGGGCUGGGACAGUGUCGGGGCAGCGGAGGCUGCGGCAGCCGGGGGUGGCGGGGGUGCCCAGCCUUCCAGCUCGGAGGUCGCCGGGGCGGGGAGGAUGCCGCAGCCCGAGUCGCCGAGCCCGGCCGCGGAGCUUCCCGGCCCCCGCCGCUGCGGAGGGGCUCAGAGCGUGGCGCGGCUCGGGCGGAGCUAGAGGCGGGCGUCUGCACCGCGUCGCGCCACCCGCAGUUCCCCGCCUCCCGCCGGGCCCGCGAGCCUGUCACGGCCGAUGCCCUGACCGCGGGCGCAGCUGCAGGGUUGGCAGGGUGCCGCGUUCGGGGAGAGGCUUGAGGAGUCCUGGCGGCGCCCGAGUCCACCGGCUCCGGACGCCGGUCCCCGGGGGCACGCGCCUCGGCGCUCCUCCCUCCCGCCCCUGCUCCUCCUCGCCGCACGAACCUCCCCCGACCCCUCCUUCCACCCACCCUAGAGGAUGCGCUCCCCCGCGCAGAGCAGCAGAGGCCACCGCUCCCAGAAAUGCGUGCGCCGGAUCCCCUUCUCCCGGACCCGAGGAGCCGGCGCCCCCGCCCUAUGACUGUGGCUUUGAGAAACACCGAACACCUCUUCUAUUUCUGUGA